CAUUGCAUUUGUCGUCGUCAUUACAUUAUUAGUUGUAGAAAAGCUGAAUAGUUAACUUUAUUUGUGAUAGCAAUCGUAGUGCAAUUGGUUUUUAAGAGUCCUGCAUUUAAAUACCCGUGGGUUAUGUUCCUUAACAAGUGAAACGAACCAUUUGCAGAUAUCCAACUGCAAAACUUUGUGAUCAAGUGUUAAGAAAAAUUUGCAAAUUAAAUUACAAGUCCGCUGAGAGAGGGAAAUGAUAAGCGAUUACUCAUUGACGUCCUCCGACUGUGACGAAUCGAGCAGCUACUUGGAGGACACGACCGAAGACGACGAGGAGGAUGUGUUCCUGCAGCUGGCCGGUGCUGCCGAGCAACCGGACGAUGACAAACGGACGACGAUGGUCACCAUCAAGCAGUACGCCCAGAACGUGGUAGAUUUUAGCUCCCAGUAUGGCAGCGAUACGAGCAUUUCCUACACGGCUUACAACGUAACCGGGAAGCCUUCCAAGUAUCCGGACUAUGGUGAUUUUCCCGAAACGUUUGCCUUUCGCACUUACGGUCCCUGGUGGAAGCUGGCACCGUCGGCUGUCAAUGAGAUUAGUCCGGCACGUGUUGGUAAAAGCGACCUUCAUGUGGAUGACUUUAUCAUAGCUCGUUUUGAGGAGCCUGUCUAUCCCGAUUCGAUAACAGUUUUUGAAACAUAUAACCCAGGAGGCAUUGUCCGAAUUUGGGCCUACACCGAAGCAGAUCAAUGGAUUUGCUUGUGGGACCUAGCAGAGGCUUCGGACGGUAGUCUAUCCCCAAUUGCGCGUAACCGCGCUCGACAGUUUUGUCCCCGCCUAAAAGAAUGUCCCAAUCCUACCCGAUACAUUCGAUUAGAGUUCAACAAUAAUCGUCUAGAAUAUUUCACCCAGAUUGAUGCAAUUCUACUCGUGGGUCGAAAGAACGUACCGAACAAAACCCCAAACUUGAAGAAGCUGCAAAUAUUUAAUCUUCAAGCAAACACGAUUUCCACUGAAGAGGAGCAAACCUCAACCACGGACAGUUUGUCCAACAGCAGCCGCUGUGCCACUCCUACCGAAGAACCGAAACUUACCCUAGAUCAAAUGCCGUACGAGAUUUUGUUUAAAAUCACGUCGUUCCUCGAUCUGCGAUCUCUGUUCCGCUGUGGCGGUGUUUGCCGCACUUUUCACCAGAUCAUCGCAGCCAACUCGCUGCUCUACACGGAAGUCAACCUUCGGCCGUACUGGAACUGCGCCACGUCCGGUACGCUGCGUUCGCUGCGCAACCGUUGCGCCUACACGAAGAAGCUGGACCUUUCCUGGUGCGGAACGUUCAACGCGAUUCUACCGAGCGAAUUCAAAGACUUCAUGGCCGCCUGCGGCGGCAGCCUCACCCACCUUCGGUUGGAUUCCUGUAAAUUCAUUACCAACAGCCUGCAGACCAUCGCAACCAAUUGCAUGGAAAAUUUGCGUGAGCUCACGCUGCAGAACCACACCCCACCGGAGGAAGAUUUCGCCGCGCUAGUUCACUUUCGGAACCUGGAGCGCCUAGAUCUAAGCCGAACCAGCAUCGAUACCCUGUCGCUGGUCCGCGUGCUGGCACGGAACGAGAAAAUGCGCCAUCUGAACAUAGCCUUCUGCUCGCUGGAUGUCAGCAUGGACGAAGUGGCACUUCAGAUCUCCAAACACAACCGAAAACUGAUCUCGCUGGAUAUGUGGAAAUCACACUCGCUUACCUCGUUCGGGUUGGAAGCACUGGCCAAGUGCACCGAACUGGAGGAGGUGGACUUUGGGUGGUGCCUCCGGGAGGAACCCACGCCCGGUGAGUCGCUUCGUGCCUUGGUUAGAAGUUGUCCUCGAUUAAGGAAACUCUACCUGGCGGCUAUCCGUGGUCUAACGGAUCGCGAUCUGGAAGCCAUCGCAAACCACUGCAAACAGCUGGAGCAGUUGGACCUGAUGGGCAGCAUGGGCAUCUCGACGGAGAUGUGCUACCGGCUGCUGUGCCGCUGCAAACGGCUCCGACUGCUUGAUUUGAGCUUCUGUGAUAAUCUGGACGAGCUGCAGAUCGGUCUGUGGCGGGAUUGCUUCGACGUAGCAAUCAAGCGGAGCCUAAUGGACUUCGGACCGCAGCGUGGAGAAUUUUGAUGCACGGGAAACCGCACCGUUGAGUGGUUGUGAUUGUAACUUCCGAAGGCAUUCCAUUUAACUGAAAGGUAACCUGAUAUUUUUACAUUUCGAUUGAUAAGAGUGAUUUUUACUCACCGAUGAGAUUAAUCUAU